UUAGAUUCAACUUUCUUUUGGCACAAAGUCAUUUUGUGUGCGGAUCGAUGCAACCCUGUACGUAUUUUGGAUCAAAAUAUUAUUAUCACUGCAUUCGUAAUUCUCCCACCACCCACCCAACCGCUCACAAGCACAUAGAGAGAAAACGGGCAUACGCUCCCAGCCACCUGCUGAUAUCAAAAGUUUGAAAACAUCGCCACUCUCCACCGCAAUAACCAUUUGAUAGUCAGUCAGUCAAGUUUCGUUGACAUUGAAUUAAAGAAAUGAGUGGAAGGCGCACAGUGAUUAUUUUCAAAUCCGAAUCAGAGAGUAGUGACCGGUACGCGGAGGAAUUGCAUGCCAAUGGCUUCAAUCCGAUAUUUGUGCCAACACUCAGUUUCGGUUUCAAGAAUCUGGAAGAGUUGCGAGGCAAAUUGCAAGCGCCCGAUAACUUCGCUGGCAUCAUUUUCACCAGUCCUCGCUGCGUCGAAGCCGUUUGUGAGGCAUUGCAGUUUUCCGAGCUGCAUGGCGGUUGGAAACUAUUGCAUAAUUAUGCAGUUGGCGAGGUCACACACAACUUGGCACUGUCGUCACUGCAACAACUAUUCACGCAUGGCAAGCAAACAGGCAAUGCCCGAAAUCUGGGCGAUUUCAUAGUGGACACGUUCGACGGUUCGCGCAAUUUGCCACUCUUGCUGCCUUGCGGCAACUUACGCACUGACUUGCUGCUAUCGAAAUUGGUGGAAAACGGUUUUCAGGUGGACGCUUGUGAAGUGUACGAAACUGUUUGUCAUCCGGCGCUGGCCGAGAAUAUGGAACGGGCUUUAAAGGCCGACAACAUCGAGUACUUUGCCUUCUUCUCACCCUCGGGCGUUAAUUGGGUACAUGAAUACUGUAAGGCGCACAAUGUGAGUAUGGACAAAUGGAAGUUGGUGGCGAUAGGGCCGAGCACACGUUUGGCUAUAGAAGAGCGUGGCCUGCAUGUGUUUCAAACAGCCGAGCGACCUUCAGUGGAGUACCUCAUCAAGGUUUUAUUGAAUCCCAGUGUAGGACGACCAAAGCCGACUGGUGAGAUCAAAGUGGAAGACUAAUCAAGGAUUCUUCAUUGGUGGAACUGAUUGUCAGCUGUUAGUUUGAAGUUAUUCAUUUAUUUAUUACCUGUUUAACGCCGUACAAAGGGUGGCCUUAUCGAAUAAUUAUAAUGUUUGUGAUCUGGUAUAUAUGUGUAUACUUAUACGUACAUAUUUACAUACAUACGUAUAUAUGCACAUUCAUUCAUUCAAUUCAAAUGGAAACAAAGGCAUGUUACUGUGCAGAACGCAUCCAAUGAACGAGUAGAUAUUGUGCAUACAUAUAUAUGUAUGCAAAUUUUUAGGAAAUCGUUCAAAUUGAUCGGCAUAUUUUUAAUUUUCCUUCUAUUAAUAAGCGCAUGUAAAUCACCUUUUGCAAUGUAAAUAGCUUCUAUAUAUUUGUAAGUGCAAGUGUGUGCUAAGGUGAUCUUAAAUAAACUUGCACUUUCGACAAUAUUACACCUACAUUGUACAUACAGAUAUACAUACAUAUAUACAUAUCUAGGUGUACAUGUAUGCAUGCACAUAGUCGUCACCUAGUUUAGAGAGAAGUGAUCUAAUAAAAGUAUACAUUUUUUAUUUGCUUCAUUCAA